GCAGUCAACAUUUGCCAUCGCUCUUUGUCACCAUCGUUAACGACAUUCAGCAUUGUUUUUGAUGUCGAGCUCACAAAAAGAAGAAGAGGGAGAACUCCAAGCACCGCAACGACCGCCCUCUCCCCCACCCCACACGACGUUCUCCGCUCGAGGUGUCCAUGCACCUAAUUUCUCCGCUUUUCGACCUCGCGAUGUCCGGAUACCCUCACAUCAGGGCAUGAACCAUGUCGCAUGGAGUUGUGAUGGGAAGAAGCUGGCAGCAGCAGGGAUGGACAAGGCAGUGAGGAUUUGGCAACCAGACAAGAGUUUGGACACGCGAGGAUGUUCGCUGUACUCGAUAUCGCACUCGGACGAUACCGACUAUGUGUCCUGGAAUCCAACGCAUCCGGAGCUAUUUUGCUCAUCGAGUUCGAAGGAAAGGAGGAUCGUGUUUUGGGACGCUCGACAGAGCAAACCCACCCAGAUAGUCAACACACGAUCUGCACCGAUCCAAACGAACUACUCACCAGACGGGAAGCACCUUGUAUGGGUCUCCGUCCCCAACCAGCUCCAUUUCUUGUCGUUUGCGAAGCCAGAGGGAGACGAUGGCAAGGAGCAGUGGGGCCACAUGACGACUGAUACUAGCUUGACAGCCACGACGGCCAUGUUCAACCACGUAGGCGACGGCCUUAUCCUCACGCACAUUUCAGAAUACCAGGUCCGCAUCCACGACUUUCCUGCGUUAACGGUUCAAGAAAGCCUUCCCGCGCAUGUCGGAGGAUGUAUCGCCGCCGCUUUGGAUCCUCGGGGAAAAUACAUGGCGUCGGGAGGAUAUGAUACGAUUGUGAACAUAUUCGAUAUGGACGAGUUGAUCUGUGCGAGGACGAUCACAGCCUGCGAACAUUCCGUCACUGCGCUCAGUUUCUCCCAUUGCGGCGAAUAUAUAGCCAUCUCAAACAUCGGAAAAUAUAUUGACAUCUGUGCAGUCGAAACUGGUGCACAUAUGCACCGCAUCAAAUCUGUCUCCAGUUCGCCCACCGUCGCUUGGCACCCCUCGAGACAUGCCAUCGCAUACUGUGGCCAGGUGGCAGGCCCACCAUCUGUCGCGGCUGUCAGCUUGUUUGGACCGGGUGUAUGA